UCCAAGAUGGCGUUGCCGAAACUCGAAAGAGGUCCACCGGGUCGUUUAGGUGGUCCCAGAAGCCAUCCAGCCCCAGAGAUUGUUGAUGUGGAAAAACAUGCAUUCACCAUACCACAACGAGCAGUGUUGAAUGUUACAGAUAUUCAGAAGUGGGAGAAGUCAAAGGCUUAUCAUGACCUUCUGGGAUUCAUUACUGUACUGAAUGAUUCUGUGAGGGGCAAGAAGAUGUCUCAGUCACCUCCAGACUCCAUGUCAGAUAAUGUGAAGAAAGUGAUUGAAGUCCUUGAAGAAAUGGAUAAAUGGAUUGCUGAGAUUCCAGCCAUUGACCAGCCUCAGAGAUUUGGAAAUAAAGCUUUCAGAGACUGGUUUCAGAGACUACAAGAGAAAUCAGAAGAUCUUGUUCAAGGAAUGCUUGGAGAGACGUACCCAGACAGUGCAGUGAAGGAAUUAUCAGUGUACCUAGUGGAAAGUGUUGGGAACAAAACAAGAAUUGACUAUGGCACGGGUCACGAGAUGGCCUACAUUUUCUUCUUGUGCUGUUUGUACAAAAUAGGAUUCUUAAAAAAGGAGGAUUACUGUACUACAGCUCUGAAUAUAUUUAACAAGUAUGUGAUUCUCAUGAGAAAACUGCAGAAUACAUACAACAUGGAGCCAGCCGGAUCUCAAGGUGUAUGGAGUAUUGAUGACUACCAGUUUAUACCAUUUGUUUGGGGCAGUGCUCAGCUAUUAGACCAAGCUGCCAUUGAGCCGAGACACAUCCCUGAAGCAGAUCGCAAUGUGAAGUGGGUCGAAGAAUACAUGUUCUUUCAGUGCAUCGCACACAUUAAUACUGUUAAAACCGGCCCCUUCUCUGAGCACUCAAAUGUGUUAUGGGGAAUAAGUGGUGUACAGUUUUGGUCAAAAGUAAAUGGAGGACUCAUCAAGAUGUACAAGGCUGAGGUUUUACCCAAAUUCCCCAUCAUACAACAUGUCCUGUUUGGCUCACUGAUGUCCAUCGAUCCAGUCACUGCGCUAACGUGAGAAUCGCAUACAUGAACCGAAAGAACACAAUGGUGGAUAAGCUCAUGACUUUAGGAUCUUUGCAAUAACCGCUGGCGAGCUCUCUGAGGCUAAGUUGGGAGCCCUGCGACGUGUAAGCUUCAGAUACUGCUGUGUCUCUUCAUGCCAAUUCACCACGUUCUGCUAAUAUCCAUCCUUCAGGAGGAGACUUUAGGACUGUUAUUCACCGCCGAUAAGUUGGCAUGUGGCUCCUUCUCCAAACCUGAGUCAGAGUAUGUAUGAAGUCAAAUUGACUUCGAAGGCUAAGGCGGAUUGGGAGUGACUGAUACAUUUCAAAACCAACAGGAGGACCCAAAAUUAGACAAUGUGGAGUUUGAAUGCAUCUGAGCCUUCUUCAUCGUUCAGAAGGAAAUAAACUUCUCUACUGACUUGCUCCUUCAAACAAGCAAUUUUCUGUAAACGUGUGUAGAAUGAUGUACUUAAUAUGAUGUUUUCUGUUGUUGACGUGCAGUGUAAAUGGACCACUGGCAUUUUUGUUAAAAAGGCUGAUAUUAAACAAAGCUUCUUUUAUA